CAUUACAUUUUGACUUUUGAGUGCAUUGAACUGUAAAAUCUAUUGUAAAAUCGAUCAAUAGAAAAUUCGAAUUUUAUAAAUUUAUUUCCUAGACAAGAUAAGAAAAUAAAUAAAGCAGAACGUGGAUAAUUAAGCCAAGUCAGUAAAAUGGAGGAUAUAAUUUCCAGGCUUAUGCAAAACAUAGAUAAGUGUUUACAACCUAAACUUGAAAGGAAUUGUGAAGAAUGUAAACAUCAUGAUGAAUAUACUUUGCGAAAAGAUAUAUUAACUGCAGAAUUUCCAAUAACAUUUAACCUCCUCGGAGAGGUAGACCUGAGACAUGUUUCAGCUGCCGCAGGCGUCCUAUCUUCUCUGCUAAUAAUGUACGAAGAGCUACGAUUAGAUGCAGUAUGGAAUCCAGAGGUUUCUAAAGAAUACGCAAAACAACUAAAUAAUUUUCUGGAAUUGUCGUGUGACAUUACAUUUGAUAACAUGUUGAAGGUAGAGAGACCUUUCUAUGAACCGCAGGAGGUAUUUGACUGCUGUAUGGAGAAGAUACAUCGGAGGCUUACACCUGAGACCUUUAAAAGAUAUCCGGCAACUAUUGAUGUGUAUUGCAAACUCAUUCAAAAUAUAAAAGACUACAGUAUAGCAGUGAAUCCACAACAGACACUGCCAGCGUCCCUGCUCCUCAUUGAUGAUUAUAUGACCGUCCACAAGACCAAAGGUUUGAAGAGUUGUGCUGCUAUUUUACAAAGCAUGGCAUCAAACGGGUUCCAUAACGGCAACUACUAUGAAGUUGUGUACACAAGCCUCAAGAACUCCCUCCAGGUGCAGUAUGUGGAUGUGAACAAGCUCUCUCACAUCUGCCUCAUGGAAUUGAUAAGGCUUCUGCCAGCUCAGGAAAAGACAGUAAAGUCAGGAGACCUCUUCGUGGUGACCCUGGAGCAGUUGUACCAAGAGUCCAACUUGCUCAGGAAAGCCAACAACUUCCGGUUCAGUAAGAAGCUGAUCGAGAUCAACGGCGUGAACUGCGUGAACAGGAAGAAGGCGUUCUGCACCAUUGUGUGUGACAACCUGGACACGUGCUCCAAUGUGGAUGUGGCGCAAAUGCUGCUUAUGUCCAUUUUAGAGUGUUUCGAAGAAUGGAUAAAGCACUGCUGGUGCGUAUGGAACGUUCGUCUGCCAUCCGACCAGCAUCUUCUCUCCCUCCUGCUGAAAGUCAUGUACAUCAAUAUCCACGAUGAGCAGCUCUCCAAAAAACUCCAAGAAAUACUAGAAACCCUCAUUUGUAUUUCUACUAAGGAGGACCAGCAGCAGAUAUUGGGGAGUUUGGAGGCAAGGAGGCAGCUGACGAGCCAGGAGUUUUUGAGGAGGCUUGAAGCUACCAGGAAUGAAGCUCGGAGUUUUGCGCAUCGACCAUAAGUGAAGUGAAUCGUUGGUAAAACGCGAAUUCUGUACAUCCAGCACUGAACUGACUGCGCGAACGGAUUGCGGGUUUGAAAGAUGUCCUCUUAAUGUCCUGCGCCAAAGGAAGAUGCUGUCUUGCAUGACUUACAACUUGAAAGGAAGACGUGCUAGCCCCGUAGACAAAGCAAAGAAUCCUACGGUUGCUACACACGUCUCAUACAACAGUCGUGGGAUAGAAAGCGUUCCAGUGGGUUCCUUCAUAUGAAAUUCAAUGCCACAAUAGCUUUAUUACCUAUAUGUGUAGAUCUCCAUAACUUAAGUGGGUACAUGGUAAUCUAAAUGAAUCUUUAAAUGUAUUCAUAAUUAUAAUACUAAAUGUAACUUAGACUUACAUACCUUAUUUGGACGUUAUAGAAAAUAUCACGUAUCAUAUAAAUAAUUGAAGAUAUCAUUGUAACCCUCUAUCUGGAUUUCCCAGAUGAAAUGAAAUGAUUUUUUUAUAUAAGGGUGGUAUUCUACCUGUCCAAUCUCAGUGCGUCUAACUCUUUCAUUAAAGCAUGUGAGACGCAAUACACAUUUGGACAAGGAAAUUGGAUAGGACCACCCUUAGGCAUCUACCGGCUCAUAGAUAAAUACCUAAACAACAAACGAAACCUCGAGUAAAAAUGUUACUGUUCUUUCUCCCAUAGUAGCCGAUUGUUUAAUUCGUGUAUUACAUUGAAAUGUAUUGCUUAACCAGUGUUGUAGUUAAAUAAACGCAUACAAUCAUA